CAUCAAUCUUGUAGCAGGUGCACGAGCUUUGAUCUGGGCAGCAGAGGCGACAUGCAGUCAUUCAAGCGAGGGGCGACGCUGUUGAUUCUUGUAUUGUGGCCCGUGGGGGCGUUCCUGCCCUCUCCUUGUUUCUGCGUUGUCGUCUCAGGGGCGUGCUGAGAGGCCACACCGUCACGAUGGAAGGGGGCAGGACGGAGGAGCUUUCAACUUUGCAGCAUUCUGAUGAGGAUAUUUUCCAGGGAAUGCAGCCCGCGCCAGACCUUGAUUUCCUGGGGGGCCACUCCCACGACCAGAGCGUGGAUGACUACAUUGAGGAGCUGCUGAACGGGACGCUGGCCUGCACACAUACGCACGUGUGCAACCCCCCUGGGCCCGACCUGGAGCACACCCACAGCUGCCAGCACACGCACACGCGCCUGCUCACCCCGCUCCUGCCGGCGGAGAGCGAGGCGGAGGACCAGAAGAGCAGCGAGAAGGGCAGCGAGGGGGCGAGCAGGAAGAGGAAACCCAUUCCCCCGGCCAACAACCGUGAGGCGGUGCGCAAGUACCGCGAGCGCAAGAAGGCGCGCACCGAGUACCUGGAGGGCGAGGUGGCGCGCCUGCAGGCCAUCAAUGGGCAGCUUGUGAAGCGGCUGCAGGGGCAGACGGCCAUGGCUGCCGAGCUGCGCCGCCUGCGUGGCCUCCUCUCCGACCUGCAGCGCACGCUCAAUCGCGAGCUGGCGCCAUCACCGGGGCUGGGGCCCCUCCCGCAUCCAGGUGCCGCCCUGGCCCCUCCCGACUUCUUCACCACCUCCGUGGAGGUCCCCUGCCACCAGGACAUCGGCUGCCUCCACCAGCCGUACCCCAGCAAGCGGCUGCACGCGCCUGGGGCCCGCCGCCCGGAGGACCCUCCCGGCCUCGUGAUACAGACGGAUAUCAGUCAUGUCCUUGGCCCAAACGGCAACCCACUAAGCCCGGCUGUCAUCCGCGGACGGGCAUGCAAGCCAGACGGGUGACGUGUAUCUGAGAAGACACGGAAAGUGCCAUCCAGGUCAACAUGAUUGUCAUACGAAGCUUGCGCUUCGCUGCAGUCGGAAUUGUAGAAAGCAAUCGAUCCCUAGAGCUGCAGUUGUCCCGUACAUGUUUUUGCGGCAACUACAGCUCUUAGAGAUAGGUACAGGUUGUAGGACGAAAGCUGACUGUAGAUUUAGUCCCUGAUGCGUAUAGUACUGCAAGCUAAGCAAUGUGAACACGUGGUCCCUUCGACCAGGUCGAGCGAGCAAACCUCUUGCUGUUGUAGUGUAUAUGAUGGUUAAAUUGACCAUUUAGUAACCGCAACUCAUUGGCAGACUUGAUUGACAAAAUCAAUCGUUGGAUUGUCAAAGGUGGAUUGCACAACUUCCUUCUAAUGCAGAUUUUGUGGGGCUUGGUGUAUAUCGCAU